AGCUUUAACAUCAAAACAAAUUUUCUCAAUUCAUACUUUCCCAUUUGACAAUGGAUUAUCAUAAAAUUAUAGAAGAAAUUAAAAAGUUUUCAAAAACUGAACUUGAUGUCGCCGAAAUGGAAGAUUCCACAAUAUUUGUAUCAAAGAAUUUUAUACAAAUGUUGAUUCACCAUAACAACGAUUAUGAAACUCAGAAAGGUGUAAUAGACGAACUCAUCAUUGAAUGUAUUAAACACUUAAAAAUAAUGUGUACAAAAGGGCCAUCAUUUCAAAAUUUGAUUGUCAACACAAAUUUGAUGUUACAAAUGCUCAAAAAUGUCAUCAGUAAUAAAUUUCCAGGCAUCUCUAAAGAUCAGGAACUGAAAUGUUUCCAAUUGAUCGCAAAUUUAUGUGUGAAAAAUGAAUGGUCACAGAAGAAAAUCUGGGAAUCAAUGAGUGGAAUAAUUCUUGAUAACUUUAGAAGUGAGAAUAAUCCUUUCGUGACCGUGUCUGGAAUGAUCAUCUACAACACCAUUCUCAGUAAAGCUUCACUCGUAAAUCUGAAGUAUAUUUUGCAAAUUUCUCUUCGACACUAUAGCAGUUUUCUCAAGAAUCCAAAAAAUUCUUUACCAGACUUUGUACAAAUUAUUCUGAGUUAUGUGGUCAGUGGCAAUGAAGAUAUUCUUGAAAUUUACAAAGAACUCGAAUCGGAUGAACAGAAAAUUCUUCUAUAUUAUAUUCAUGACCAUAUUGAAGAUCCAUCAAAUGAGAUCAUCAAUAAGAAUUUCCUUCAACACUUAACAAUGGAAUUUAAGAAAAAGUCUGAUUGCAUUUUAAAGACUGUAACAACUUAUGUUGAUACAAUUGAUCCAGAUAUCAUCGUGACUUUACUUGAUAUUAUUUCAAUAGCCACCGGUCAAGACAAUUACUUGCAAAUUCUUAAAGACGAUCGUGCUUUGUUUCUGAAUCUCGGAUGUUUACUUCAAGCAUUACAUAAAAUUGGAAAGAAAUCAGACACAAUUUUCAGUCCCAUUCAAAAGCUCGAAUCACUUGUGCCAACAUCCGAUGUUGAUGGAAACUUUGAAAAACAAAUUUCUUAUGCUUUUAAAACGAAACUUGUAAAGUCGCUGGCGAACUUAUCAUAUCGCAAUAAGAGAAAUCAGGAAUUAGCUCGAGAAAUGGAAAUUAUGCUCAGUAUUUUUGAGUGCACAAACGCUGAUGCUCGUAAUCCUUUGAUUAAAGAAUGGAGCAUUUUAGCGAUUAGAAAUUUAUGCGACGAUAAUUUGGAAAAUCAGGAAAUUGUUCGACAACUUACAAAGGUUGGCGAUGCUGAAAAUCCAGUUUUGAAAGAAUUAGGAUUAGAAUCGGGAAUGUUGAGAAUAAGCAAACAAUAAAAUUUUUAAUCUAUGGAA